AUGACAUCUGUGACAACACAGCAGCCAAUAGCAUUCGAUGAGAAAGAUGCUUACAAAGAUGAUGAUUGUAAAUUUAGUGGUAGAUUACUGGUGGAGGCAUUUGAAGGGAAAUUUGUUCAUGCUACCAGCCGAGGCAGAAUACCUGAUAUGAGAGUUUACCAGGCAAAUACACAGAGAAGGAGGCCUCCAGAGUUCUAUAAAAGGGAAUUCAUUGUAGAGUAUAAUGGAGAAAAGGCAGGCGUCUGUGGUGUACGUUUCCUUGGAGACAACGAUAUCUACAGAGAAAGGGAUGAGGACAUGCCCUCCCUUGGAUGCAAAGGUUCAUGUGGGUUGUACUGUGUUUUAUAUGCCAUAGAAAACGAGACUAUUCCACCAGAAACGUGUCAUGUGGAUCAUAUAAGUGUAGAAGCCAGAUUUAGAGGGAGAGGCAUAGGGAAAAGUUUGUUAGACAUUGCUGAAAUAGAUGCCAAAAGGAGGGGAUGUAAGGCUAUAUAUUUAUGGGUAGCAACUAGCAACCGGGAACAGCACCUGUACGAGAUGCAGGAAUAUGUGAUCAUGGAAAAAUACUCACUGUGUGGCUUAGUUUGGUGUCAGACUGGAGAAAAAGAAUUUGCUCGCAUGGAAAAGACUCUGGUUUGA